GGUUUGAGAGGACUGGUUGGAGCUCCUGGGCCGAGUGGUGURAAAGGCAACAAGGGAGAGAGAGGCCUUCCUGGAUUACCUGGUGAUGCAGUACAACAAGAAGGCAUGCGGGGUGAGAGGGGAAGGAAAGGUGAAAAUGGACUGCCUGGUGUUGAUGGCUUACCUGGACCUCCGGGUCUACCAGGUCCAGCAGGUCCACCAGGGCAAACAGGACAAACUGGACAACCUGGCCUGCCUGGUGAAAUGGGAAGGCAGGGGAAAGCAGGAGAACCAGGAAAGUCUGGUGUUCCUGGAAAAGAUGGCUUAGAUGGACCUCCUGGAAAUGACGGUGCCAUGGGGCCCAGGGGGGAACGUGGAGCAGAUGGUUUUCCUGGAAAAGCAGGACCCAAGGGUGACGUAGGGCCUCCUGGACCAAGAGGUCCUCCAGGAGAAAGAGGAGAGUCUGGUCACCCUGGGCAGUCUGGCUCUGACGGUAUGAGAGGAGAUCGAGGUGUUCCGGGGGAAAAAGGAAUGGAUGGACCAGUUGGACCAAAAGGUGAAAAGGGUGAUAAGGGUGAAACUGGACCKAAGGGACCACCUGGGAUUCCAGGAAAUGGCAAGCAAGGUGAACCUGGACCUUCAGGAAACCCUGGACUCAGGGGCCUCCCAGGUUUUAAAGGGCACAGAGGAGAACCUGGAACUCCAGGAACCAAGGGAGAAGAUGGAAAACCUGGCCUACCUGGACGUGAUGGUAAACCUGGAAAUGAGGGUGUUAAAGGACCUCCAGGCCCAGAAGGACUUGUUGGAGCAAGAGGAGAACCUGGCAAACCAGGUGAACCAGGACCAUCUGGAAAAUCAGGUCUCCCAGGAACCCCAGGUCUCAGAGGGGACAAAGGAGAGCCUGGCAGCAUAGGAUUACCAGGUUUCAGUGGGCCGAAGGGCCCAGCGGGUCCACCUGGUCCGACUGGCCCUGAGGGGAAACAGGGAACACCAGGCCGAGCAGGAGAACGUGGUUUCAAGGGAGAGAAGGGUGACCACGGUAUUAAAGGAGAUAAAGGACAAUCUGGAGAGCCUGGUAUGCCUGGAAACCCUGGUCCUCCAGGCAGGAAGGGCCACACUGGGAUGAUGGGCAUGUCAGGACCGCCAGGUGAAAUAGGACCCCCAGGGCAACAGGGACCUUCAGGAAACCCUGGUCUGCCUGGACCAAGGGGAGAGUCUGUGUCACUGGAGCAGAUGAGAAGACUCAUUCAGGAGGAGCUGGUAAAACAAUUAGAUGCCAAACUGGUGUACCUCAUGAGUCAGAUCCAACCUGCCCACGUAAAGAGUACAACAGGUCGCCCAGGACCUCCAGGCCCGCCUGGGAAGGAUGGCAGCACUGGACGACCAGGACCCCCUGGUGAGCCGGGAAUGCCUGGACAAAAUGGAGGAGAAGGACCCAGAGGGCCAAUGGGCCCUACAGGUGAGAAAGGAGCAAGAGGAGAGCAAGGAGAUCCUGGUGUGGGUGAACGAGGAGAACGAGGUCCUCCUGGUCCUAUAGGUCCAGCUGGAAUGCCUGGAUACGGCAAAGAUGGAAGCCCAGGACAAACCGGAGCCCAAGGCGAACCAGGAAAUCCAGGACCUCAUGGUCAACCUGGACCUCCGGGUCCAGCUGGACAGUGUGAUCCUACCCAAUGUGCCUACUAUGCCAGCCUGGCACAGAGACCCCACACUAAGAAUGUUAAGGGAACUUAAAACUUGUGACUCAGAGCUGGGAGUCUAGUUGUAUUUAUGAAUUUUAAGUCCGAUUGAAGCUUUAAACCUUUUUUUUUCAUACUAGGCUCAGUGUGGAGCUUUGAGGCAACAGGUGCAGCUUCCUGGUUUUUAGGAAAGCAGGAGUCAAAACAACAACAAUAAACAAUAGGCAGCUAAAUGUUUGUUCUUCAUCAGCAUGCUUCCUGUAACAUACAUGAGAAUAUAGCUAUGUUUCAGUUUCCCUUUCUGCCAUUAAUAAAUUCCUGCCCCCGCCCCCCAACUAUAUUUAUAAUCUCAUGUUUCUCUUACAGUCGGUCACACUAUCCACACACACAUAUCAAUGAUCGAUUUCUCUCAUUUCUUUUCUCCCUCGUUGUUUUUUUUUAUAUGUAGUACUAAUUUUGUGUGGAGGAGGAUCUGUCAAUGUGGAAAAUGAUUGAUUUAUUUUGCUCUUCUUGCCUUUUAGCAAUUAUUUUGUCACUUUAGUUGUUCUGAUGUCCUCAGACAGACAAGUCCACCUUUGGGUUGAGAUUUUGAUUAAGUUAUUAAAAUAUGCACACCUGAUUUAAUUAGACAGGAUUGAAACAAAACGUAUUCUGGGCAACUGUUGAUUGAUAAAUGUAUUCACGUCUUAACAUUUUUUUUAAAGCCAGUCAUAUUUCAGCCUCAGCUACAACAUAAAUAAAACAGAGCUGACAUGUGGAAA